AUGAUCAAACACCUGACCCAGGAACCUGCCCAGGGGCCAGUGCUGUACACUGUGACCCAGGAACCUGUCCAGGGACCAAUUACUGUACACUGUAGUGCUGGUAUCGGUCGCACAGGAACCAUCUUACUGGUGCUCCACUUGCUAGACCAGUUGAACACCUCUGGCUUCCUGGACCCUCAUCAGGCUCUUGUGGACCUGAGGAAUGGACGCCCAAGGCUGGUGGAGAACUCAAUACAGUACGUGUUUGGUCACAAGCUGUUGUUGGAGGUCCUCUCAGACAUCAAGACGAGCUUUACUUGCAGUGCCUUCCUGAGUGAAGUGGAGGGUCUUCGUGUACCCCAGCCUCCCUCCAACACUUCCCUCAUACACCAACAGUACCAGAAAAUUAAGAGCUUCCCAAAGAACCUUAAAUUCAACUUCGGCCUCAACCCAGAGUGUGCUCAUCUCAACAGAACCCGUAACAUCUUACCUGCCGACAGCCGGAUAGUGUACCUGCAGAACCUGACAGGCAGCGCUAAUGGCUUUUACAUCAACGCUGUUCGGGUCAACGCCUUGGAACAAACGGACGCAUAUAUCGUUGCUGACUACCCACCAGCACACACUGGUGACGUCUGA